AUGGAAUGGCACAGAGACAAGAAGACAACACACAGGGACAAGAAAGCUCUUAGAAACCAGGAACAACACAGGGACAAGGAACCUGAGAGACAGGAACAACAGGGACAGAAGACAACAUAUGACAGGAACAACAGGGACAGGAACAACAUAUGGUCAGAAAAACACAUGGACAGGAAAAACAGGGACAGGAACAACAGGGACAGAGAUGCUUAUGGACAGGAAAAACACAGGGACAGGAACAACACAGAGACAGAAGACACUUACAGGGGACAAGACAACCUGGGACAGGAACAACAGAACCAGGGAAAAACACAUAGACAAGGCUCUUACAUGAACAAGAACAACACAGAACAAGAAUAUACAGGGACAGGAACAGAGACAGGAACAACACAGGGGAACAGGAACAACAAGGGACAGGAACAACACAGAGACAAGAAUAACCUGAGGGACAGGAACAACAUGAUUCAGGGAAAAGAAAACACAGGGACAGGAACAUAUGGUCAGGAACAACUGGGGAACAGGAAUAACACAGGGAUAGGAACAACAGAGACAAGGAACUCUUAA